AUGAUCACGAAGGUUAUUUUCCAAAACAAUAUAGAACAAACUAAUGUUCUGCAGCAUUCUGCAUCUCUUGGAACCUCCUUAAAAUUAGGAGUAAUAUUAUACCUAAAAAUAUUUUGGUGGAGAGGGAAUCUACAGCUGACUAGACUUUUGUAUUCAACAGUUGGCCUGCCCAGCUCUGUGCUACAGCAGGUGAAUGUGACGGUGUUCAAGUCUGAAGAAUGUGACAAGAGCUAUAGCACUCUUCUGGAGUACUCUGACACCUGGCCUCUGGGCAUUGGGGAGGAGACAGUGUGUGCAGGAGACCGUAAUGGAGGCAGAGAUUCCUGUCAGGGCGACUCUGGUGGGCCUAUCGUAUACAGUAACUCAACCAGACGCUACAUCUUGGCCGGCAUAGUGUCACGCGGGUAUGGCUGUGGUCUUCUGGAUUACCCUGGUCUCUAUGUCAACAUUCGUCAUCCAUUAUACCUCGCUUGGAUCAAGAAUGUUGCCUUCUAGAGACAGCAGCCCUCAUUUGAAGAUGAAGAAACUAUUCACCCGGAGCUUUUUCUUUAGACAAUGCUGAAAUAAACAGCAAUAGCAAAUAAGCAUUAAAUUAAUGCCUAUCUUUAUAAAAAUAUUAUAUAUUUUGUUUAUACACCUACCAUCCGACUUACGACCACUCGACUUACGACCGUGUUUUUUAUGCCAAAUUUCUGGGAAAUAAACAACUAUUUGUGUUGUACACUGUUAUAUCUUGGAAAUUGGUCAUCCUGUGUUACUUAACUAUUGUAAGAGAAUAUGAUCAUCACUUAACCCUUUGACUGUCGCAACCCCCAAUCCUGAGGUGUCUCCUGGUGUCGCAAAAUUUAAAAAAAAAAAAAAAUUAUUUUUUCUUAUGAAAUGAUAGAGAAUCUUUUCCCGAUUGUAAUGACACCAAAAAAAACGAAAUUUGAUGGAAAACUGACGGAAUUAUACUCUCGCGACGUUAGCGACCUCGGCGCUGUUUACAAAUCGGCGAUUUCGCCCACUUUGAGCCCUAUUUUUGGCUAAUUCCAUUGUUCUAGUCGCCCAAACUCAUAGCUAUUUCUUUAGAACUUGAUUUUUUCUAUCGAUUGAGUACAAGAAACUGCCCAUUUACUGAUUUCAACUACCUAAUAAUGUGGUCAGAAAUUUGCAAUUUGGCCAAUUUCACGAAAACUAAAAAAUAUGACAAUUUCAAAAUAAGGUCCAGAAUGAACAAUGCAGACAUUCCAGGCUCUAAAAUAACGUUUUCUUUGUUCAUCAGUCACGUCUCCAGGACCCUCUGAUAUUACUCUUGCUUUCUAUUUUGAAUUUUUAUUCAAACAAAAAAUAUUAGACUUACUAUUAUGCAGACUACUGCAAUGCUGUAAUAACUGUAUAAAUAACAUCAACCCAUUCAUGACUGCAUAUUAGAAUGGCUAGUUGGACAUUUAUUGGACAAUGGCAUCAUUUGUUUACUUCUGAACAUUGGCAAAAAUCAAACAUUUCCCCUACUUUGAGCUCCAUUUCUAGGUUCUUUUUAUAGUAAAAUCAAUCAAAAACAUCUCUAUUUCUGUAAUAUGUUUUACACUCUAUCAAAUGAGACCAACAAAACGAGAAUACAACCAUAAAUACUAUACGAAAAUAGACCACAAAGUCGGCAUUUUAAUUA